UUAACAAAAGAUCCUUUCUGAACUAUCCAAAUAAUGUCAUCUUUUCUACUACCAUUCAAAGUCAUGCUCUUCCUCGUACUUGUCUUGCUUCACUCUUCCUCUCUUAUUGCUUCUUCAUCCUCCAUUGCUGCACUUACAAGAGGUAAAGAAGCGGAAACUCUUCUAAAAUGGAAAGCUAGCCUUAAUAAGAACACCCAAACUUUGCUCUCUUCUUUGUGGGUUGGAGAUAGCCAUUGCAGCUGGGUUGGAAUUACCUGUGACAAGGCUGAAAGCAUCACCAAUCUAAGCCUUCCAGAUUAUGGGUUGAGAGGUACACUUCAUAGUCUUAACUUUCUUUUCUUCCCUAACCUGACGAGGCUUAACCUUCGUAACAACUCACUGUAUGGGCCCAUUCCCUCACACAUUGGCAACCUUCCCAAGCUCACCUUCCUUGAAUUGUCAUACAAUAACCUUUCGGGGAAUAUUCCAUCCGAAAUUUGCUUAUUGAAAGGUCUUGAGUUGAUUUCCUUAGCAAGUAAUGAGAUCAGUGGUUCCAUUCCAUCAGAGAUAGGGAGGCUGAGUUCAGUUUCCGAGAUCUAUUUCUUUGAUAACUAUCUAUGCGGUUCAAUCCCUGCUUCCCUAGGAAACUUGACCAGUAUAUCCACUCUCCACCUUCAUCGAAAUAUGUUUUCUGGGUCGAUACCUCAAGAGAUAGGGAUGCUUAAAUCUCUCGCCGACUUUGCGUUGAGUUAUAAUAAUUUCUCUGGUUCAAUCCCUGCUUUCAUAGGAAACUUGACCGGCCUAUCCACUCUCUACCUUGGUCAAAAUAUGUUUUCUGGGUCGAUACCUCAAGAGAUAGGGAUGCUUAAAUCUCUCACUGACUUUGAGUUGAGUUCUGGUUCAAUCCCUGCUUUCAUAGGAAACUUGACCAGCCUAUCCACUCUCUACCUUGGUCAAAAUAUGUUUUCUGGGUCGAUACCUCAAGAGAUAGGGAUGCUUAAAUCUCUCACUGACUUUGAGUUGAGUUAUAAUAAUUUCUCUGGUUCAAUCCCUGCUUUCAUAGGAAACUUGACCAGUCUAUCCACUCUCUACCUUCAUCGAAAUAUGUUUUCUGGGUCGAUACCUCAAGAGAUAGGGAUGCUUAAAUCUCUCACUGACUUGGAGUUGAGUUAUAAUAAUUUCUCUAGUUCAAUCCCUGCUUCCAUAGGAAACUUGACCAGCCUAUCCACUCUCUACCUUCAUCAAAACAUGUUUUCUGGAUCGAUACCUCAAGAGAUAGGGAUGCUUAAAUCUCUCACUGACUUGGAGUUGAGUCAAAAUAAUUUCUCUGGUUCAAUCCCUGCUUCCAUAGGAAGCAUGUCGAAGCUUAUGACGAUAUAUCUUCACUAUAAUCAUUUAUCAGGGCCAAUUCCUUCAACGCUCGGCAAUCUUACUCAUUUGCAAUCAUUAGAAUUAGGAGAUAACCAUCUCAGUGGUCCAUUACCCAAAAAUUUAUGCAGGGGUGGACAACUCGCAAAUCUUACGGCUUUGAACAACAAUUUGACGGGUCUUAUCCCACCAACUUUGAAAACUUGCAAAAGCUUGUACAGAGUUAGGCUUGAAGGAAACCAGUUGACAGGAAAUAUAUCAGAAGCUUUUGGCAUAUAUCCUAAUUUGAAUUAUAUUGCAUUAAGCAACAACAAAUUUUAUGGUGAACUAUCGCCAAACUGGGGGCAAUGCCAUAAUCUAACAAGCCUACGAAUCUCCGAUAAUAACAUUUCUGGAAAGAUACCACCUGAGCUGAAGCAUGCAACUCAAUUGCACGAACUCGAUGUCUCUUCAAAUCAUCUCUUUGGUGAGAUUCCCAAGGAAUUGGGAGCAUUGACAUUGAUGUACAAACUUUUUCUAAGCGGUAACCAACUUUCAGGCAAAAUUCCACCAGAGAUUGGAGUUCUUUCAAAUCUACAAUAUCUUAACUUGGCAUCAAACAAUUUGAGUGGACCGAUUCCUAAUCAACUUGGAGAGUGCUCAAAGUUAUUGGACCUGAAUUUGAGCAAGAAUAAACUUGGAGAAAGCAUUCCACUUUCAGUAAGCUACAUAAAUGGCCUUCAAAAUCUAGAUUUAAGUCGGAAUUUACUUACUGGGGAGAUACCACAAGACCUUGCAAAAUUGCAUUCCUUGGAAAUAUUGGACCUUUCUCACAAUAUGCUCAAUGGUUCCAUCCCAAAUUCUUUUAAUGAUUUGAAAAGCUUGACUGUUGUGAAUAUAUCUUACAAUCAAUUAGAAGGCCCUAUUCCUAACAGUAAGGCAUUUCAUGAGGCUUCGUUUGAUGCCUUAAGAAACAAUAAGGGACUAUGUGGUAAUGCCACUGGACUAAUGCCUUGUGCUGUCCCUGCUACUAGCAACGGUCAUAGAAAAAGCACCAAAGUCAUCAUUUUCAUUGUGCUUCCACUCUUUGGUCUUCUUCUUUUGCUCUUUAUCAUGGCUGGAAGUUUCAUUAUUCUUUGCCAAAAGAACCAAACCAGAAAAUCUGAGUCAAUCGAGGCACAUGGAGAUUUUUUCACAUUGUGGGGAUACAAUGGAAGAAUACUCUAUGAGAACAUUAUUGAAGCCACUGAAGAUUUCAGCUCCAACAAUUGGAUUGGUUCAGGAGGCUAUGGAGCUGUUUAUAAAGCUGCGCUACCCAUUGGUGAGGUGGUUGCUGUGAAGAAACUUCACCAAUCUGAAGAUAGCAUGACCAAGAACUUGAAAGCCUUUGAAAGCGAGAUUCAUGCUUUAUCAGAAAUAAGGCAUCGUAACAUUGUGACGCUGUAUGGCUUUUGUUCACAUCCAAAGAACUCAUUUUUGGUUUAUGAGUUUGUAGAAAGGGGAAGUUUGAGAAUGGUGCUAAGCAACAAGGACGAGGCAAUGGAGUUGGAUUGGGAGAAGAGGCUUAAUGUUGUAAAAGGAGUGGCCAAUGCCUUGUCUUACAUACAUCAUGACCAUUCACCACCUAUAAUUCAUCGAGACAUUUCCAGCAACAAUGUUCUUCUGGAUUUGGACUAUGAGGCUCAUGUCUCAGAUUUUGGCACAGCCAGGCUUUUAAAGCCCGACUCUUCUAAUUGGACGUCACUUGCUGGCACUUUCGGGUACAUAGCUCCAGAGUUGGCUUAUACAAUGAAAGUAGACGAGAGAUGUGAUGUUUAUAGUUUUGGGGUGCUAACAAUGGAAAUACUUAUGGGAAGACAUCCUGGUGAUUUGAUUUCAUGUUUGUCAUCAUCAUCGACAUCAACAUCAACAUCAACAUCAACAUCAACAUCGAUAUUGACACCAAAUGACAAUCAACUGAUUUUACUUAAAGAUGUGAUAGACCAACGUCUCUAACCACCGGUAAGGCAAGUUGCAAAGGAUGUUGUCUUUACUACAAAGCUAGCAUUUGCAUGCUUGAAUGGCAAUCCCCAACUUCGGCCAACCAUGCGACAAGUUGCUCAAGCCCUUAUCCGUCAAUCACUUCCAUUGCCCAAUCCUUUCUCAAUCAUAAAAUUAGGAGAAUUGUGGGAUCAUGAAGUCUACAAUGGCUAAUAUUAAGGUGCUAACAAUUUGAAUAACAAUUCUAAGCACGUGUAUUUACUUCAAUCUGUUGUUUUUCUCUUUUUUGUAUUGAAAAUGUUUAAGUACUAUUGUAAUAAAA